AUGAAAGUUCUUUUGGGCUCACUCGACAUAUGGGAGAUUGUUGAAGAUGGCUAUGAUGAGCCAAAGAACGAGACAGAUGAAGCCGCACUAACUGUUGGGGCUAAGAAAGAAUUGAAGGAGCAAAGGAAAAAAGACAAAAAAGCACUUUAUACAAUCUAUCAGGGAGUUGAUGAAAGCAUGUUUGAGCUAAUUUACUCAGCCACUACAUCCAAGGAGGCUUGGGAACUUCUCCAAAAGGCAUUUGGUGGUGUGGAAAAGGUAAAGAAAAUUCGUCUCCAAACUCUUCGAGCACAAUUUGAAACAUUGCGUCAAGAAAAAUUAGAGUCAAUUUUUGAUUAUUUUUCUCGAGUGAUUUCUAUUGUCCACCAACUAAGAAGAAAUGGAGAGAAAAUAGAUGAUACUCGAGUCAUGGAAAAAAUUUUGAGGUCACUUGACUCAAAAUUUAGUUUUGUGACGAUUGUCAUUGAAGAAUCAAAAAAUAUGGAGGAGAUGAAUGUGGAACAAUUGAUGGGCUCACUUCAAGCAUACGAGGAGAGACUCAAGGGAGAUGAAAAACCCCUUGAACAAGCAUUGCAAACCAAGUUAUCACUUCAAGGGAAACGUGGUGAGUCAAGUCGAGGAAACUAUCAACGAGGAAAAGGAAGAAGUUAUGGCCAAAGAGGUAGAGGUGGUACAUUCCAUCCUAAGGAAGAUGACAAUGGUGGUGAUGGUGAAAGCACAACCAGUCAAAGAGGACAUGGUCGCAAUCGUGGCCGAGGACGAGGUCGUGGACGCCAGUCAAACUGGAGUGGUGUGGACACCGGGAGUUCAAGUACAUGGUAUUUGGACACGGGAGCAUCCAACCACAUGUGUGGUAGAAAUGAGUUCUUUGCGGAGCUCGAUGAAGAAUUUAGUGGCACUAUCACGUUUGGUGAUUUGUCACAAAGGCCAGUCAAGGGGAAAGGCAAAAUCCUACUCCAGUUGAAGACAGGUGGUCAAAGCUAUAUUGGUGAUGUGUACUAUGUACCAGAGAUGAAAAACAACAUUUUGAGCUUGGGGCAAUUACUGGAACGAGGCUAUGACAUCCAAAUGAAAGGCGAUACACUUUCCAUGUGUGAUAAGAAUUGUGUCUUGAUCGCGGCUGUAAAGAUGGCAAGAAACCGUAUGUUCCCACUGGCUGCACUCCCACCCUGCAAUUAA